GGGGCAGGAUCCCCCUUGGCUCUCCAGAAGGUGCGCGAGAAGCCACCUCCGCGACCCGCUCACCCUGUGCGCGAGAGGACGAACGUUGAUCUGGGAACCUCUUCGGCGUGAGCCGGUGGGAGAAGCCGCCGCGUUUCCGUCAGGACACUUUUCGCUGCGACACCCACCUCCUCCUCCUCCUCCUCCUCCUCCUCCCCCACCACCUCCAACCUCCCCCCAGGAAGAGCGAGGUAGAAGCCCCCCUCGCUCAGCCCCACCCUGACAGAGACCCUCCCCACCUCCUCAAGGCACCCCGCGUUCUCCCCCCCCCCGUCCUCAGUUUCCCCUUCUCUCCCCUGAGGAGCCUGGGCUGCUGGUGAGCAGCUGCAGGGGGAGGCAGCGGGGCAAGAAGGCACCUGGCUCUGGAUGCCCACGGCUUUGCUUUCUGGGGGGAGCGGAGGGGCACCUGGGGAGGCUUACCUCCCUCUUAUCCUAAUAUCCCUCUCUGCUAUCAAGCGGGGCGGCGGGUUGGUGGGUGGAGGCUGCUGCUGCCAAACUGACGUUUGGAGUCGGAUGCCAACUCCCCGAAACCUGAAGGCUUGGGUCCUUUUACCUUUGCCAGAACGUGCGUGCCUGCUGGAUAGGUGCCACCGAUCCCAUAUAUCGCUUUCUCUGGAUCAUUGCUGCCGGGCAACUUUGCUGCUUCUUGGGUUGCUACUUCUAGAUCCGCCUGCCGUGCCUCGGGUGCCAAGGUGGCAUUGCUCAAUCUCUUCCUCUUUCUUCAUGGUAACUUUGGACCUGGGCCACGUUCUGUUGCCGGCUACGAUCCAACAUGCGCCCCGGAUUGGUGCCGCUAACUGUUUCACUCAGAUCCGUGCCAUCCACUGCCAGCUAAUACUGCCGCCUUGGAUCGGAGACUGGAAGACCCCUGUGUUCUCCACCUGGACAUUACAGCUUUCUUCACUCCAGGAUGGAAGCAAAGGGCAUAUUCUGGUGCCUGCCUCACCUUGGCAUGAGGUUUUGGUGCAGAAAUGAGAGUUGAAAUUGAGACUUUGGAACGCCACCCAAGCAGGACUUGGCAUUCCAACCCAAGGGAAUACACAUAAGGAGAGAUACUUAUGGAGCUGCAGAGACAUUCCAAGUCUACAGGAGACCCCCAAAGACCACCAGAAACCUUGGAACCCCUCAAUCCACAAGAGCCUGCAAGCCAUGUGGGACAACCCAUCAAGCUGGAGCUGGGGGGUGAGGGAGGGGGUGUCCAAACAUUGCCUCCUAAACUCUCUCGCCCGCCAUUGCCUUCUCCUGGUAGCGCCCUCCUUCAGGGAUUGAAUGGGCUGCCAGGAGCAGGGAGGCGGGCACUUGUUCCUGGAGGGGCAGGAGGCACAGAACAAGGGGAACCCUCUCGAUUGGGGCGCUACUUGCUGAUUGACAGCCAGGGACUGCCAUACACCGUGCUGGUGGAAGAGGGGGUGGGAGCGGCAGGGGACCCGGAAGGGGGCGGGAGUGGAGGGUCCUUGCGUAAGGUGUACAGCUGCCCUGUGUGCUCGCGGACAUUUGAGUACCUGUCUUACCUGCAGCGCCACAGCAUCACUCACUCGGAGAGCAAGCCCCACGUUUGCCGGGCAUGCGGCAAGGCCUUCAAGCGCACGUCCCACUUGGAGCGCCACAAGUACACCCACUCGGGCCGGAAGCCCCACCAGUGCCCCAUCUGCCAGCGCAGCUUCCGUGACUCGGGGGAGCUCUCGCACCACCAGCGGGUGCACACGGGGGAGCGGCCCUACCAGUGCGAGGCCUGCCACAUGCGCUUUGGGGAGCGCAACACCCUCCAGAGGCACAUCCGCCGGAAGCACCGCCUGCAGCUCCUCCCAACGCCGUAAAGGCCGGCCUUUUCGAGACUGAAGUUGUGCCACGAGAGAAUCGGCAUGAGAACCUCGCUGCCCACCCAGGCCUUAGAUAUCUACCACCUGGGCUCAGCUAGUACCCACCCAUGCUACUGCAACCUGAUAUUUCUCCAUUUGCUAGCCCAAUGACUAGCUGUUGCGUGGGGAAAAUGGGAAUGGAGAACCUCGCCCACCUAUGCCACAAACUAUCCGGCAUGCGAUAGCUACCUUGCAAAAUCCCAGCUUAGGUCCCUCCUGCCUUCUCAUGCCGCAAGGACUUGAUUUUUCCAAGGAAACAGAGUUGGUGAUUCUACAUUCCUUCCAGCGGCUGCUGCUGCUGCUGCUGCUGCUGCUACUGGUAGUCCAGCCUCCAGGUCAGAUCCAUGUGUGGACCCAUCAACUCUGGUCAGGCCUUGUUUUCUUCUGCUCCCUAGUUAGAACCAUUUCAAUCAGCUUCCCAAAUAGUUGCAGGCCAUGGUCUAUAUACUUACGGGGUGGGUGGGUUUCAACCCCAGAUAUGCAGCAACAGAAAAUGUUGGUCUUCAUCCCAGGCUUACUGCCUGUGGGGUGUAUGUGAUAAGACUGCUGUGGUUUCCUACAAUAAUUAACAAACAUAGAAUCUCUGUUUCCUCGACAGGGAGAAACAAUCAGGAGACAUCGAUAUACAAGCAUGUGUUCCAAGGUAUCGGCUAGCCUGGUACCUCCAAAGUUUGCCAGGGAGAUUCCUGGAUCAUGUUUCCUCUGCUUCAUAUUUAGUGUGGAAUUUUUAAACUGUGUGUGUCCUCUUUUUUUUUUUAUUAAAAACAAUCCUCUGGGGUUUUGGUUCAUAUUUGUGUGCUAAGCGAAUAAAGUUCUGCUGUGUUACUUCCA